AUGUUAAUCAAUACUAGUGUGCUUACCUGGCGAUGGAAUGAGCCACCAAUAACUUGAAGAAUUGCUUUAUGGUCAGUGGUCACGUCCUGGAGCAGGUCGUUUUUUCCAACUCUCAAGACCAUCACGAGGAAUUUCGCCGGCUUUUUAUACUUGCGAUUCAUCCAGAUGGUAUGCUCGUCGAGGAUUACCUCAGGUUGAAAGUAGUCGUUUCUGUCGAGGAGUUGGAAAUGACCAUUACUGAAUUGCUUGAUUCUGAUGCAGACGAAUCUGCUGUUGUCAAAGUUGCUGCAGUAUACAGCGGCGACGGAUUUAGUUUCGCUAGUCAUGGUGAUA